AUGGCGGCUCAAAUCAGCAAGAAAAAGAAGGUUAGAAAACCGACGAAAUCUCUCUCAGGACGUCAUCUUAACAAGAAUUUGUUAAAUGCCAUUAAAAUAUACUUACCUACCUGUCAAUUCAUUUCAUUGUAUGGAGGCGAUGGCCAAGUUAUGGUCAAGAUUUAAAUUGAUUUACUUUCUUAUUUUUCUUAUCUGGAUAAUGAUAGACUUUCAAUUUUAGAAAUCAGAGCUUGUAACUGAGUCCCUGGCCUAUUCUCCCACCGUUAUACUGAAGUUAAUGCGUCACUAGUUUGAUUCUCUCUUGUGUACUCAGUGGCUCUCUCUUGAAAGCAUUUGUUUGUGCGAUGGAUUUGGCUUCAUGUAGAAUAAUUCUCCACAGUAAAAUACAACUUUUUUCAAUAAUCCUGUUAGUCUAAAACAUCGAUAGAAGGACUGGAAAAUGCUUUUAUUUAUUGUCCAAAUCAACUUUAUUAUUCUUCGUUUUCGUAUAGUUUGUUGCUGAUGGCGUAUUCAAAGCCGAACUGAACGAGUUUUUAACUCGUGAAUUAGCAGAAGAUGGUUACAGUGGAGUGGAAGUUCGUGUUACUCCCAUCCGAACUGAGAUCAUCAUAUUGGCGACCAGGACCCAGAAUGUUCUUGGAGAGAAAGGUCGACGAAUCCGUGAACUGACAUCAGUGGUACAGAAGAGAUUUGGAUUUCCUGAGGGAACUGUGGAGGUUUGUCCUUAAAUUCAACUCUAUUUAUAACAAUGUUUCCCCCCCCCCCCAUAUUCAAGGAUGGGAAAAUAGACCUUGUCACAGUUUUCGACACCAUCUUGACGAGUAGGCAAACGUGUGAGGAAUUACAGUGUUUGUAUGAGAAUCUAACGUCGAAUAAUUUCCGUAAAACGGCUGUUCUGAAAAAAAUAUCAAUCGUAAACUAAAGCUACAAAGCAAAGGAUUGUCUUUAAAAAAUUUGGGGGCAUACCUGUGCUUAAAUUUCUCCAGUGUCUUGCUUUAGAUUUUCCAUAUAUUUGUCUGUAAUUUUCCCGGGUCUUUCUUACAGACAAAUGUAUAGAAAAUUUUGAAAAGUGGUUCUAGGUCUUUUUGUGCAUGUAACGCGCUCAAAUUUUUUCAGGAGAAUCCUUAGGAGUGAAGCUUUAGUUUACAAAUCAUAUUUUUUUUAGAACAGCUGUUCUAUGGAAAUUAUUCGACAUUAGAUUCUCAUACAAUCACUGUAAUUUCUCACGCGUUUGCCUUCUCUUCAAGAUGGCGUCGAAAAACCGUGACAAGGUCUGUGGCACGGUUUGGCUUUUGUGUGGCUUCUUCCUUGAUUUUGGAAUAUGAAUAUAGUUUUUUUUCGUACAGACAUUUCUUUGGAUUACUUAAGAAAGAAAAUCAAAAUUUUUGAAAAGAAGUCUACUUUCAAGGAUAUGACAUUGCUGUUGUGAAAUCACUCUGACAAAUUUAACAAAAGCAAGGACUGUAUUUGCUGUAGUUGCUAAGGCCUACAGAGCAUUAAUUUGAUUGUUAUGGGGAUGGAAUCUGAAAUUCCUUGGCCGGGUUGUUCAAAGCAGGGUUAAGAUAACCCAGGCUUAGUGCGGAAUUUGAAUGUAGAUAUGAAAGCGUAAGAAGUAAAAUCAGUUUUAUUCUUUUCGUCUACAAUUUGAUGUUUGAAAAUUAUCCUGGAAAAUGCUUUUGAAUAAAAGAAAAAGAAAGCUGGGUUAAAAUUUGACCCUGGGUUAGCACUAAUGGGCCUUCAAACAACUAGGCCUAGGGCAACUUGGGUGCAUGACUUACUGUUGUCUGCAGAGAUAAAUCCUGCUUUGCAAUCUUUAAAGGUGAAAUAUUAUUAUACAGACCCAUGGAUUCCUGAUGUUUAAUGAUCAUGAGCAAGUAAUAUAUGCUAAUUAUUAUUUUCAAACCCUGUUAAAUAUUACACCAAUGUCUUUUCCAGUUGUAUGCAGAGAAAGUUGCCACAAGAGGUCUGUGUGCCAUUGCACAGUGUGAGUCUCUUAGGUACAAGCUGAUUGGUGGACUUGCAGUAAGGAGGUAGGUGAUUAGAAGAAGUCCACAAUUUUUUUCUGCCAAGUAGAGAUGUGAAUGAAGAUUUGAAACUGGGGAUUUUCUCACACUAUUUGUGUUUGGCCUUAGUUAAUUUAAUAGAAAGACAAACUCCAGAAAACAUUAGAAACUGCUUUUAGUUUUGUCCGACUGCAUUUUAUGAUUAUGUGUCUCUCUGCGUGGAUACUUCUGCUUGCAUUGUAUGUUAGGAGACCCCUUAAAACCAUGACGGCAAUGGCGAUGAGAAUGUCUAAAACACAAAAAAUUUUCUGCGCAAAAUAACAACUAUGCAUGUGUGUUAUGCUAUCCCAACACAACUACGACAUGAAAUGACCAAAUUUGGGGUUGACAUGAGAACAGGAACAGCAUGCCAAUAAAUUUUACUUUCUCUCUAAACUCUGAUGUGGCCCUCUACCUUUAGUUCUAACUUACCUGAAAAAGUUUCAAAGGAUGCAAAGUCUAUUUUUCAGUGAUUUUUUCAUUGGCAUUGCCGUUGUUGGAUCAUAAGGUCCCUAUUAAUGUGAGAAUAUUGACCAACGUUGUUUUUAGCCUUUUAACUCCUUUUAAAAGUUAGAGUGAGACGACUGGUCACCCUAACCUUGAAAUCUAUGGAUAAAAAUCAUAUGUUACCAUUCAAAUGAAACCUCUAUGGUAGAUUUUUGCAUAGUUCUAUUUAUUUCAUAGGUUUAAACAAAAUAUAGAAGUUUGAAUGUGCUAGUGAAUUUUUCAUUGACUAUUGUUAGGAUUAAAAGGGUUAAUGUGUUUCUCCAAACUUGCCUAAUGGAUUGUAUUAGUCAAGAGCAAGAAAAAUAAGUUUCAACACUUUACGCCUGUGUUCCAACAUUUGUUCCUGGUAAAAAAUAAUAUUAAAAUAACAAGGUUGAAAUGAUGUGUUGCUUUGUUAGGGCUUGUUAUGGUGUUCUUCGAUUCAUCAUGGAAAGUGGUGCCAAGGGUUGUGAAGUUGUUGUAUCUGGAAAACUGCGUGGUCAGCGUGCAAAGUCCAUGAAGUUUGUUGAUGGUUUGAUGAUCCACAGUGGUGAACCCACCAAUCACUAUGUAGACACAGCCAUCAGGCAUGUCUACCUCAGGCAGGGUAUGCAUUAUGAACAAACCAAUAUGUGUUGUGCUUCAGUUUUGUCCUUGGUGCAAUUAUUUUUUGACUCUCCUUUUACCAAAUGGAAACUCCUAGGAAAAUAAAAGGGCUGGUAAUUUAACAUAAUUAUGUAGUGUAGAUGUAUUUAACAAAACCAUUUUCAAUAUUUGUUCAACCUUCCUAUCCAAACAUAAAUGGCUGUUAACGGCAUCAAGAAGGCUUGCAGUCCAGACUAGAGACUCAGCCAUUCAUGCGCUUGAAAUAAACACCCUAAAAAUGGACUGGCAGGCCCAACAAGUCUUUAAACUGUGGUUUGAGUUAGGUUCUUUGCAAAUGGCAAGCCCAAAAAGUUUGCAUCAAGGACAAUUUAAUAUUAUGCAGUGAUAGUUCUAGAAAUUCCAGGAAGGUUUUACUGUGUGCAAAGGGCCACAUAUAAUGAUAAUAUUUAAAAGCUUGAUGUGAAACAGAGUGUUUUAUACUGCUAAAUACAUUAAGUGAGAUGCUAAGAAGUUUUCAUUUUGUCAGGUGUGCUUGGUAUCAAAGUAAAGAUCAUGCUUCCAUGGGAUCCUACUGGCAAAACAGGACCCAAGAAGCCACUUCCAGAUCAUGUCAGUAUUGUGGAACCCAAGGAGGAGGUCAUCCCGACUACUCCUGUAUCUGAACACAAAGGAGGCAAACCUGAACAGCCUGCGGGACCCAUCAUGUGA